CAGGCGCGCAUACGCGGAAGUUUUUAUUAACAACGUGGGUCCACAAGAAGCCUAUUAUUGGUACAAUGCUCUCAAUGAAGGACCUUAAACAGCGAGAUGCCUCUCUUUUCCUGGAAGUUAGUUGCCAAGAUGAUUCACCAAGUCUUCCCCUGCACUCCUCCAUCGUCUUAUUCCUCUUGUCAUACUGUGAGUGCAAAUCAUUCAAAGUCCACCUGGUCUCCAGCAAUCCCCACAGCUCUCAGACGCUUCGCAGUCAGCUGCCAGAGUUCCUAGACGUGCGGGUCGUAGUGAUGGAGAGUCUUCCCCUGCUGGUGCAAGGCUGCCGCCUGCCUGCCGUGCUUGACGAGAGCGGGAGGCUUUGCAGGGCAGGACUGGCUGUGGUUCUGAGGCACAUCAUCAACAAGAGCAUCGAAACUGAGCCAUCCAGGAACGAUGUACAGGCUCUGCUGGGCUUCAAGAAAACCUGUCUCAAAGCCUGUGCUGAGGUGAGCAAGUGGACCAGACUCUGUGAAAUCGACAUCCCGUCCGCUGUUGAGGAGCACCUCCGAAAUCCCAGCAGCCAUGAGCCUUAUCCAACGCCCUCUGCCAUCCUUUCAUUGGAGCAAAGGCUAGCCGAGCCUGUCAAAGUCCACAACGACGACAAAAUCCGCCGACAGAAGCUCAAGCAGCUUAGACAAAACGGGAAUGUUUCCUCUGCUGAGAGAAGCGUGCAUUCAGACCUGGGUGAGGGACUGGAACUCAAAGCUGCUCUGGCAAAGCUGUCUAUUGCCGCAGCUCCGAUUCCGACCACUAGGGAGAGCUGUGAGAUUAGAAAAGUCAAGACCAACGACCUGCCUGUGCUGGAGCACGUGUUUGCUGAGGGGCUGUAUUUCACUCUGACUGAUGUGGUCUUGCUGCCUUGCAUCCAUCAGUAUCUGUCUUCCAUUGACUCCCAUGCUGCCAGCACUCUGCAAAGCCUACCCCACUUGCUGGGCUGGUACAGCCGCGUUCAGAAGGUCCCCGGGGUCCUUCGCGCCGCCGAAACCUGCGGGAUCAAGCUUAUCGUGCCCGAUAAGCUGCUGCCCAUCAUAGAUGGAACACCGGCUGAGAACAGCCCAGCAGGUCAUCUGGAGCAAGAAGAGGAGACCAGCAAACAGCUGCCUUUUGUCGGUGGACCCCGGCCCACUAUCACCAAACUUAAAGAAAGUGGCAUUGAAGCGGCCUUCUCGGAUCAUCCUUGCCCGGAGUGGUCGAUCCCGUGGGACAGCUUACCGGAAGCCAUCAACCCCACUGAAGGGAAAAUGUCAAACAUCCGCACAGUUAGGAAGAGGCAGCAGCUGAAUAACUUGGUUGCCAUGGUGACCCAACUAGCCAAACCAGGAUGCACUGUUGUUGAUUUCUGCAGUGGAACAGGCCACGUGGGGAUUGUUUUGGCCCAUGCCCUCCCACAGUGUCAGGUCAUUCUCAUAGAAAAUAAGGAAGAAUCUCUGAUCAGGGCGCACGUUCGCAGCGCUGAGCUCGGACUAGAAAACAUUGGCUUCAUUCAGGCCAACUUGGAUUAUUUUACUGGACCCUUUCAUGUCGGGGUUGCGCUCCAUGCGUGCGGCGUGGCGACGGAUAUGGUGAUGGAGCACUGCAUUCAAGCGAGGGCCGCCUUCGUCAUCAGCCCCUGUUGCUAUGGCUUCAUCCAGAACGCCGUUAAGUUCACCUUCCCGAGGAGCAAAAAGUUCCAGGACACGCUGACUUACAAGGAACACAUGAUACUCUGCCGCUUCGCCGACCAAACCGCUCUCCAGCUUCCUCCUGAGAGGCGACUAAUAGGAAAGCAAUGCAUGGGCCUCGUCGAUCUGGACCGCUCAUGGAGCGCAGAAUCACACGGCUACCGGGUGCGGGUAAUGACUAUGGAGCCUGAGACGUGCUCGCCGAAGAACAAUAUGCUGGUAGGAAGGCCCAGCUGGGAGGAUGACCGUACCUCAACAUGUGGGAGUCUUUAAAGGCACCUUCAUUGACUUUUUUAUGUUAACGGUAAAACAAACCAUCCUUAUAUUUUGGAUCAAUUUAAAAAAAAAAUUGAGCUUGUUCUUAAUGCCACUGUGUUUCAUUCGUGUUUAGUCUGAAAUUUGUCAAUCGAAUUUAACAACUGACAAAAUUGAUAAAAAAUCAGGCUCGUUCUUUUGUGUGUCCUGUUAAAGGGAACCUCAGACUUGUUGGCGCUAAUUAGCCACAAUUGUUCUCUUUUACUAAAAUAUGUUAAAUCGUUAAUAUUUAGUACAUGUUUUGACCUCCAGAAGGCGCCGUGCUUGCUUGGUUUACGCACACAAUGCACACCGGGGGUGAUGACCUGUUGGGAUGGACUAGGAGAAUAGCUGUGCUAGCUAGCAAGCGAAGCUAAUUUAAUUUGACGACAGGCAUGAUUUUGUCACAUUCUGCUGUUGGCCAGAUUGUUUUGCUACAGAGCUGUAAGAUGAGUUCCCAACGUCGUACCUGCAUCCAAUUCCAGCUCAUUAGCAGUGUCUUCAAACCGAUCCUAGACGGCUUGCCGAGAUAUUGACUUGCUGCCAUUUGACAGUUUGUAUAUCCCUUCGUUGCUAGUUGCAUCAUUUCCUUGUUUUUUAUUUCAUUUGUCUGCCUCCUACCGCGGUUUUCCCUGUUUUUUUUUUUUUUUUUUUUAUUGAUCCCAAUCUACUGUCACGGACCCUUUUUGAGUCAUUUUUUGAGUCCCUUUUCCCGAUCUCGUGUCUUUUGUUGCGUGUUCAAUAAACCUUUUUACGCAAUCCCUAUGUUUUUGUUGUCUGCUUGCUGUCUGAAGUGAGCCGCGUUUUCUAAUUCGGUGGUCAAACCAGCCAGACUUUCUUUUCAGUUGCGUUUCCCAUUCAGUUUUUACCGCACAGACAGACAACGCAUGUGGGUUGCGAUUGCUUUAUAAGGAAAAUCAUGCUGCUAAACUCACACAGAAGUAUAGUCCUUUGGUCUACGUGCUCGUCUGUCGCAUGGGAAAUGUGGGUUUGAAUCCAGCUGAAGACCUUGGUUUUAAUUGUUUUUGCUACUCGUUUUGUGAAAUAUCAGCAGUGCUGCCCUUCUAAUCACUUAUCCGCUCAGGUUCAAAAUGAAAGGACAGAACUGAACACGUUUAUGUAUUUAAAGAGUGACACCGUGGAAGUACGGCAGCGCUACCCAGUGACGUCACCGCCCAGAGUGCAAAUUUUUAAAAAUUAUAUAAAAACGAAAAUAUUGAGGGGUUUGAAUAUCAAAUUAUUAUCACUCAUACCAACAUUUACAGUGGUAUGAAAAAGUAUCUGAACCUUUUUGUAAUUUCUCACAUUUCUGCAUAAAAUCCCAAUCAAAUACGAUCUGAUCUUUGUGAAAAUCACACAAAUGAAAAAACAGUGCUUUAACUAAAACCACCCAAACAUUUAUAGGUUUUCUUAUUUUAAUGAGGAUAGCAUGCAAACAAUGACAGAAAGGAGAAAAAUAAGUAAGUGAAUCCUUUGUCUAAGGAGACUCAAAGAGCAAUUGAAACAAAUUUUUACCAAACAAUUUAAGUCAUGUGUGUGCUCAAUCACUGAUGAGUGGUUUAAAGCUGCCCUUCCCACUAUAAAACACACACCUGGUAAGAAUUGUCCUGAUGAGAAGCAUUGUCUGAUGUGCAUCCUGGCUCGGUCAAAGAGCUGUCUGAAGACCUGCGAUCAGGGAUUGUUGAUUUGUAUAAAGCUGGGAAAGGAUACGAAACCAUCUCUAAAAGUCUGAAUGUUCAUCAAUCGACAGUCACACAAGUUGUCUAUAAAUGGAGAGAGAUUGGCACUGUUGCUUCUCUCCCAAGGAGUGCCCUUGGCAAUGUUACUUCUCUCCCAAUGAAUGCCCAUCCACCAGAGAUGACGCCAAAAGUUCAGUGCAGAAUACUCAGAGAGGUAAAAAUGAACCUUAGAGUGGCUGCUAAAGACUUACAGAAAUCACUGGCACAGUCCAAUAUCUGCAGAGCCCUCCAUAAUUAUUGGCACCCUUGGUUAAGAUGUGUUUUUUAGCUCUUAAUAAUUUUAAAAAAAAUCAAAUAAUAUGGGACCGUAAUGGGAAAAAAGAGAGAAAAAUCCA